UAUUUUGGUCCCUGGUUCAGCCCGGCCCAGGCCACGGGGACGGGGACGGCCGAGGGGGUCCCUCCGCUCCCUCCUCGUGCCCUCAGAAGGCGCCGCUCUCUUCUGGAUCGCUCCCGUCCGCUCGGCUGGAGAAGCUUCUGGAGAACUGGGCACCGCUUUAAGAGCAGCAGGGACCGAACGCAGAGCGCAGACGCAGGGAGAACCCAAGGCCAGCAUGGCUUUACUGUGCUACAACAGAGGCUGCGGACAGAACUAUGCGCCCGACCAGAAUAAGGAUGAUUCCUGUCUCUUCCAUCCAGGAGUUCCCAUCUUCCACGAUGCUCUGAAGGGUUGGUCCUGCUGCAGGAAGAGGACCACAGACUUCUCAGAGUUCCUCUCCAUCAAGGGCUGCACCCGCGGUCGCCACAGCAACACAAAGCCCCAGGAGCCUCUGCGGCCGGAGGUGUCGUCCGAUAAGGCUGAGGUCAAACACAGCGACAGCCGGGAGAUAAUCUACCAGGGGCCCAAAUCUGCCGAGAAACUACAGAAGGAGCGGCCGAGUUCAGACGAGCCCAGAACCAAGCUGCCCCAGAAAGUGUCAGCAUCUCUGGUUCAGGCGCUCGACAAGCUGGAAAUUAGCAAACGAGCCGAGCUGGAGCAGAAAGAAAGCGCCGUCGUACCAGGGACCCGAUGCAAGAACUCUGGCUGCAAAGCGGUUUAUGAAGGUCCAGAGACCAGCGUGGAGGCCUGCACCCACCACCCCGGGGCGCCCGUCUUCCACGAGGGCUACAAGUACUGGAGCUGCUGCUGCAUUAAGACCAUAGACUUUAAUGCGUUCCUUGACCAGAAGGGCUGCACCACAGGGAAGCACCGCUGGGUCCAGAGACAGGACAAGAAGAAGGUGGCCUGUCGCCACGACUGGCACCAGACGGCCAGAGACGUGGUCGUGACCAUUUACGCCAAGAACGCGAACCCGGACGUCUCCUCCGUGGAGGCCAACGGGACCGUGCUUUCCUGUGAAAUCCAGUUUGAGAACAACAAGGUUUUCAAGCGCGAGUUUCACCUCUGGGGCGUGGUCGACGUCAAGCACAGCUCGGUGCACAUGGUCCCGUCCAAAGUGGAGAUCUCGCUGCGCAAAGCCGACCAGGUGUCCUGGGGCAAGCUGGAGGACCCCAACCACAAGGCGGAGCCCGAGCCCAUAGAGGAGUCCGCCGCCGAGUCGCACCGGGCCGACUGGGACAUCGCCGACGACGACAUCAGCGACUCGGACGAAGAAUGGGCCUACGACACGCCAGAAAACAGGAAGCGGGAGGACAAGGACCAGCAGGUGGAGCAGGAGCAGAUCCUACAGACAAAGCAGGAGGUGGAGGAGGAGAUGAAGAAGGCCAUGGAGGAGAUGAGGAGAGCGGAGGAGGAGAAGAAAAGGCUGAAGGAGGAGAGGAAGAUGGAGGAGGAGGGCUACGAAGACAUGCCUGAUCUGGAAUAAGGGAGCGCCACUGAACUUCUGAGUGAAACUCCUGUUGACAAAACAUGAGUCACGCUGAACCAGUUUCCACGGCUUGUUACUGUUCAUUACUCAUUAGGGGCUUUACUCCACUACACAUUCAAACCCCAAGCUACAGGUCACAACACUAGAAAUGACAUCACCUACGUUGAUAUAACGAGUCAACGUAAAAGUGAGUUGAGUCCAGCUAUUAGUCAGAUCCACUUACCUGAUUGACUUUCAACCUGAAACUGACCACAGAUGAGUGAAACAGAGUUUGGCUUGUUUUCGUGCACGUGAACAAUCACCACACCAGCUUCAGUAAAUCAUUUAAUCUCCAAAGGUUUUGCCAUGACGUCGUCUUUGUUUUACACUUCACACAACAACACGAUAAAACACCUCGCAACGUACACGGUCGUGCAACAUCAAGUCUGACUCCCACGACGCACGAGCCGCUCGGGUUCGCGGCGUCUGGAGGUCGACGCGGGACUUGAAUUUCAGCUUCUUCAGCGUUUCAGUCCGAAUGACAGCGAGGUUGGAAAAGCAAAGAGUCAAUAAAAAUCAGUGGCUAGAAGACGGUUA